GAUUUUGACGUGAGCGAGAUGAAAUUACGACCUCCAUUCAUCCUUCAUUAGACUACAUCGAGGAUUUUAACUCCAUUUUCAACGAAAUUAGUUAAAAAACGCUCUUUAUAGAGCUUUAAAAUAUUUCAAUAAAUUGAUUCCGUGUUUCAUAGUGCCUAAAACCGACGUUAAAGUGAAAAUGGCGUUGAAAUCUACACCGGUUGUGUUCGGUCUGAUGACUCGCUUGUCUAGACGAUCUUUUUCUACUUCUAAAGCUUUGGCUUCAAAACCUAUGACUGUUCGUGAUGCAUUAAAUCAAGCAUUAGAUGAGGAAAUGGCUCGAGAUGAAAGAGUUUUUCUUUUAGGUGAAGAAGUAGCUCAAUACGAUGGUGCCUAUAAAGUCAGCAGAGGACUAUGGAAGAAAUAUGGAGAUAAGCGUGUUAUUGAUACCCCCAUAACGGAGGCUGGGUUUGCUGGUAUUGCAGUGGGUGCUGCAUUUGCUGGACUCAGGCCAAUCUGUGAAUUCAUGACAUUUAAUUUCUCCAUGCAAGCUAUAGAUCAUGUGAUAAACUCAGCGGCCAAAACAUUCUACAUGUCGGCUGGUACGGUACCAGUGCCAAUAGUGUUCCGCGGACCCAAUGGUGCAGCAUCCGGGGUGGCGGCACAACACUCACAGUGCUUCGGUGCUUGGUACAGCCACUGCCCAGGACUUAAAGUGCUCAUGCCAUACUCAUCGGAGGAUGCUAAAGGUCUGCUUAAAGCAGCUAUCAGAGACCCAGACCCAGUAGUGGUUCUAGAGGACGAAAUUAUGUAUGGUGUGCAGUUCCCAAUGUCGGAUGAGGCUUUAUCUAAUGACUUUGUGAUCCCUAUUGGAAAAGCUAAAAUAGAGAGGCCAGGUCAACACAUCACUUUAGUGUGUGCGGGCAAAGCAACAGAUACUGCUUUGCAGGCUGCCAAUGAACUUGCAGGAAAUGGUAUUGAGUGUGAAGUAAUAAAUCUAAGAUCACUGCGGCCGCUAGACUUCGAAACGAUUGCACAGUCCGUCGCGAAAACGCACCAUCUGGUCACUGUCGAACAAGGCUGGCCACAGUCCGGCAUCGGCGCGGAGAUUUGCGCGCGCGUGAUGGAGUCGCCCGCGUUCUUCGAACUGGACGCGCCGGCGUGGCGCGUGACCGGCGCCGACGUGCCCAUGCCGUACGCGCGCGGCCUCGAGGCGCUCGCGCUGCCGCGCCCCGCCGACGUGGCGGCCGCCGCGCGCGCCGUGCUCGGCAACAGGAUAAGUCAAGCUGCGCAGCAAUAAGAUAGACAAUCUGUAGAAAAUAUAGCAGGAAUACUUGCUCAUUUGUAAAUAUUUUGUUUUAUAUCCAAUUGUCUCAGUUAAACUAGCCACAUUGCCAUUGUGAUUACAGAAAAAUGAAAUAAUUAUGAAUGGAAUUAACAAAUUAAAUUAUAUAAGUAUU